AUAAUUAGAUACUUAAACUUUUUAUAAAAGUGGUCUUUGUCUCCUUAGUUUUACUUUUUAAAAUGUCCGUAUCCAUCUUUGCUUUCUGAAUGUCUUUGCUUGAUUUAAUUGAGAGAAAUAAUACGAUUAUAGAGAACUUGACUUUUUAAAUGUUCUAAAUCUGUAUUGCUUUUCUUUAUCUUCCCAGAGAUAUGGACAGCAUACUUCUGCUUAAGAAUAAAAUAAUAUUAUUGUUUUUCUAAAUAUUGUGAUUAAUGAGAAGUAUUGUUUAGUACUAUGACUAAUAAUUUAUGUACUUUGUGCUUAACUACAUUUUUUCCUCAUUGCACUGAUAUCCUCUGCUGCCCCCAGACCGUGAAUUUAGUAGAAAAGUCACUUGAUUGCAGUUUCCAAUAUGUGUACUUAUUAAAUGUGAUAAAAGAGAUUAUUACUUUUGCAAAAUUUACUUGGUUAAUUUUAGUAAAUAUGUUGUCAUGAAAUGUAUACAUUUCUAUUGCAGAUGGAAAAUUUCAGCAGUUUAAAAUAGCCAUAUCCUAUUGACCAAGAAAAGAGGUUUUAAUAGUACUGAGAAAGUAGAAGAAAUAGUGAAUCUUGAAAUAAGGAUUUUAAUUUGGGUUAAUUAAAAUGAUGGGAACUCAAAGCCUGUACUGUGGUUCAUUUUGAGAUGGGGUUAGAAGAUGCCAUCUGGGUGGGAGGCAGGAGAAAUGAUGGAUAAAACUGAAGAAGGAUGGGAACAUAACUGGGUCUUUUCUGAGGGAAACAGAAUAGAGAUAGUCAGUUAUUUAAUUAAAAGGGGAAAGGAAAUAGCCUAACGACUGAGGAACUGGGGUUAUAUUGGGGCUUUUGGUAGUGUGAUCCAUUACCCAUUGGACGUUUACUUGAUACAUUAUUUUGUGCAGGUAAUUUACCUCUAAGGGAGAGAAAAUAUUUUGAUUUUAUAGGGACUCAUGAAGAUAGUCUAAGGUUAUAUGAGGUGGAGUCCUAAACUGAAGGGCCUACAGGGAGCAGGCAGGUAACAUGAAAACAGGCAGCGGGCUGAGUGCGGACUGAGGUGGCCUGGAGAAGGCAGGCCUGGCUAAGGGGGCCAGUGUCUCAGCACUAACCAGCUUAUUAUUGCCUGUGUUGGACCGCCGGCCAAGUAUUGCCAGAUCGUCCUUUUAUCAAGAGAAGCCGUGAAUGUUGAUGACUAAUUCAAUUUAAAAAGUGAAAGCAAAAUAAAAUCAAACACUAUAUAUUCCAAACAGAGCACAUCUGUGACUACGUGGCCUACAGGCUGUCUGUUUGCAACCUCUGCCGUGAAGAAUCAUUGGCUCAACUAUUUAAUUAUUACUAGAUGAUCAGAAGAUUUGAAGACCCGACUUCUCAUCGCCCAUUGGAUCAUGCCCAAGGCUUUCCUACCCAAUGAUCCUCUUGCAACACGCCGGGCUCCCUCCACCUAAGCGGUCCUCAUCCUCUCCUCCUAUGUCAGUGGCCGCCAGGUCUACAGGAACCUUGCAGCUCCCGCUGCAGAAGCCUUUUGGGCAGGAGGCUUCCUUGCCUCUGGCAGGGGAAGAAGAGUUACCUAAGGGAGGGGAACAAGACUCUGCCCUGGAGGAGCUCUGUAAGCCCCUGUACUGCAAACUCUGUAAUGUCACCUUGAACUCAGCGCAGCAAGCCCAGGCUCAUUAUCAGGGUAAAAAUCAUGGUAAGAAACUACGAAAUUACUAUGCAGCAAACAGCUGUCCCCCUCCUGCCAGGGUGAGCAGUGCCGUGGAAGCUGUGGCUACUCCAGCGGCUCCAGUCCCUCCGCAGAUGGGCUCCUUUAAGCCGGGAGGCAGAGUGAUCCUGGCCACCGAGAACGAUUACUGUAAGCUCUGUGACGCCUCCUUCAGUUCUCCGGCUGUGGCCCAGGCUCACUACCGAGGGAAGAACCACGCCAAGAGGCUCCGGCUGGCGGAGGCUCAGAGUAACUCGUUCUCGGAAUCCUCAGAGCCUGGUCAAAGGCGGCCCCGGAAAGAAGGGAAUGAAUAUAAGAUGAUGCCUAAUAGGAGAAAUAUGUAUGCAGUGCAGAAUAAUGCAGGUCCUUACUUCAAUCCCCGCUCUCGGCAGAGGAUUCCACGUGAUCUGGCCAUGUGCGUUACUCCCAGUGGCCAGUUUUACUGCUCAAUGUGUAAUGUUGGGGCUGGCGAAGAGGUGGAAUUCCGACAGCACUUGGAGAGCAAGCAACAUAAAAGCAAGGUGUCGGAACAGCGGUACAGGAAUGAGAUGGAAAAUCUGGGAUAUGUAUAGUGAUGGUUGUAUCCAGAUAGAGCAGCUUGUCCUGCCUCUUGUUUGCCUUCUGUCAACGUGCCCUGCUUGUGGUCCUUUUGAUAUGAGUACAUUCCUCUGCUUAAUGUUGUGUAACCUGCAGUGGUACCAUGAGAUGUCAAAACUGGGGAAGGAAAAGAAUGUGCUUCUUAGGUCAUGAUGCUUUUGCAGGUCCGUUGUGUUGAGCUACUUAGAGCAUGUGACCUACCUACCCCAUGAGAAAUAACUUUUUAUCUUGACCAAGAUCUGGUCAACUAGUAGCCUGACUACUUAGAGCUUUAACUAUUUGAAAAUUUCAUCUUUUGUAAUUUUAGUUUUAUGUACCAUUAAGUAAAGAAUAUUAUUGAGUUCUCACUUCAGAUCACAACAAAAACACAAGCAGAGAUUUCAGUUUCCUGAGGCUUCUUUAGAACCAUCACCUCAACUCAAUGCCUUGUAGGAUUGUGUAGGAUAUAGUGUUGUAAACUGCAUUAAAAUCUCUCCCAGGAUGCUUUAUCCCCUUAUCAUGUCCUCCCAUUAUUGAAAUGCAGGUUUUCUUGGAUUCAGACACUCCCAAUGUGCUUGUGGACUUCCAAACAGUGAAACUUCAUUUCCAGUUGUGGAUUUCCCAUGUUUAAAUGCCACCUUCUUCCCUCCUCUUUUUUUUCCCCCUAGUUGAAUUAGCUUGUCUAGUAAGCUCAUUUUUAUGCCCCAGCUGUGUUGUGGGGUUUCCAAGCCUCACAUUUGAAUAUCCAGUGAGUUUAAGAUAGAUAUGAUAUUUUUUUAAAAAAUAUUUUUCAGCUGAUUUUAGGAAAUGUAAAGAUGUGUUUGAUUUUUCAGUUUAGAGUUACUUCAUUGAUAGUAACAUGUAUUUAUAUGAUGGCCUCAAUCAUGAGUUCAGAUCUCUUGAUAUUUGUUUUGGCAGACUUUUCAGAUAAACUGAUCCUGACAUUUUACUUACAUUCUUUUCUGUCUUGCUGGUUUGUUGGCUGUCCUGAAAAAUACCACUGCCUUACUGUUUCAUAGAUAGAGAGGAAUUUUAAAAAGUUAAUCAAAUUUCAGUAUCAUCAUUUCCAGUAGAAAAAUACGUGAACUUUGGUUUCAUUCUUUAUAAUUCAGCUUCCAUGAAGAUAAUAGAAAUACAUUAUUGAUUAUUUUGGUAUGUGAUAAUUACAGCAGUAUUACUUUUGUUUUCUGUUUUUAAAAUAAGAAGCUCUAGUGUAUAUCUAGAUUAACUAGUGGAACACUCUAUGAACUUUGACUAACUGUAUUUUAUCGACUUACUGUAUUUAUGUGGAUAAGACCGGUGCUCAUCCAUACUUCUUUUGAGAGGCCACAUUCACCAGGAAGUUUAUAUUGAGCAGUAUCUUUGCACUAUGGUCAAUUCACAUUUGAUUGCUCAUAUUAUUAAUUAAAUAUAAAACUCUUGUUUUUCCUUGAGAAUUCUGUAGGCAAAGAGAUGGAGAGAAGGGAAAUUAUAAUCAUCAUUCCUUUCCUUUAAUGCUUCUGAACAAUUUUUGAACAACCUAGACCCAUACUUAAAAUUCAGUUUUGUGAUUAACCUCUGGUACAAUAUACAGUUACUCUUCUGUUGAAGUGGUGGUUUUUUGAAAAGUAGAGUUGUUUAGUAAUUUUUUUCUUCUAGACGCAGAAGAAUGAAAUAAUGUCCUGUUGCGAUUCUAUCUAGACCUGUGACUCUUAAUCUAGAAACUCUUUUUGCAGUAAUCUAUAAAGUACAGUUGGUUAGUUUAGGGCAAUUUAGAGCUUAUUUUGUUGGUUAGUAGGUUACUCAUUUUGCUGCUAAGUAUAAUUUUUUGGUAGAUUUUAAUACUAUAGUGCUGGCCACUUGGUUCUAUGAUUAUUUAAAAAUCUCAUUUUUUCCCCCCCUCUCUCUCUGUGUAUGUGUGUGUAUGCAUGUAUGUAUGUAUAUAUACACACACACACGCACACAUAUAUAUAUAAAACUAUGUGUAUAUAGUUUUAUGUGAUACCAUAGAGAAGAUUCCAUUGAAUCCUUAUUUCAGAAAAUAGUAAAAGAUUGUGGAUAAGAAUUUACAUUUUGUAAAAGUGGCAUUCAUUCACUUUCAGUUUUUGCUUUACAAAUAAAAUUAAAGGAAGGGUUUCCCCCGCUCUCCCCACUUAAUGAUUUCAUGAUAUUUAUACAAAAAGCAGUGGACUUAAGGCCUUGAUGUUUUUCCUGGCCUUGUAUAUUCAGGUUUCCAGUCUCCCAGUGCCCUUAAUGGAUGUUAUGAAUGCAUAGAUGCAUCUUCUUUUAAAGGAAAAAGUUAGAUUUAUAGUGUUCCUUCUUACUUGCUGUAUUUCUUUGCACUAAAAGAGAGCUAUGUGUUUGUUUUAUACGACACUUUAGAUACCAUAUUGCCUACAAUACUUGGUUUGCUCCUUGAUUUCCAAACUCUAGGAAGUUGAUGUUCCAUGCAAAGUUCCGUGAUCAUUUAUAGAGGUUACAUACACAUCCCUCCCAAAGAAUCUCAGAUCCCUAUGACAGCGGGUUGUGUUUUGGGCUUGUUACCUUGCAAAAUUCUCCUGUGUUCCAUAGGUGAAACAAAGGGUGACAGAGGUUGCCAGAAAGGAAAUGCCUAAAUAAAUACAUCUCUGCAUGGUACAGUUUCUCAUACUCGUGCAUUCCUGAGAGACAGUGUUUUUUCCCUGUCAAAGAAGGCUGUUACUACUGCAGUCAGUGGUACGUGAUCUCCGUUGGUUUCAUUUGUGAAGUCCAGUCCUGCUCUGUAAUAUGCUUUAGCGUUUGCUCCCUGUCCUCCCCAGGAAUCACGUUAGUAUCUUUUUAUAUGCUGUAUAUAAGGACGGACAGAGGCCUAAAUGACGGAAAACCUUUAGUUAAAUGAGUUAAGUAGAUUUCAGUAAUCAUCUGCAAGAACUCAUAGCAUCCAGGUCUCUUUUCUCUGUGAAUAUCUUCAUGUGAGUUGUCAUUCAGAAUCAAUGUUAGAAGACAACAUUUAGGACCUCUUCUAAGAUAUUGAGGGCAAAAAGUCAUAAAGGAAUAAUUCCAUGUUCCAAUUAAAAGAUUGGAUUGCAUAUGCCUUCGAAAUGCUUUUUUCAAAAAGUUAAGCUACAAAACUGAGUGUGCCAUGUAAUCCUUUUGACUCGACACUGACCAGAAAAUAGUUUGUUGGUCUCGUCUUUGUAUAUCACGUGCUGCAACUUGUAAAUAGGUGCAUGUUGUUUAUUAUGAUUGUUUGUCUGCUUGUCUGUUAUUGCACUGAAUUCUGCAAGGUGAAUAUUUUUUUAUACCAUUCAUUUUGAAAAAGUUCCUUCUUCAACUCUUCUUCACUAUUUCCUCUUCUAAUUAGUUGGUAAACUUAGAAAACCAUUUAAGAUUUUUGAAACCCUGAGAUUGAAUGAAGAAGUGUGGCUGUCUGAGAUCAAUCUAUGUCCCUCUGACUUAAACAGCUAAAGGGAAGCAUGAGAUCUUCCACCUUAUUUUACAAAGCUGUUCUACAGAACUAGUAUGCUUGCUUAUAGCUACCAUAUCUACACUUUGAACAAGGGUAAAAGGAGAAAUAUAUAUAUAUAUAUAUAUAUAUUUCAUGUUUAUAUAUAAACAUAUAUACAGUCAUGAGCCACAUAGUGAUGUUUUGGUCAACGAUGGACUGCAUAUACGAUGGUGGUCCCCCAAGAUUAGUACCAUGUGGCCUAGGUGUGUAGUAGGCUAUACAUCUAGGUGUGUGUACGUACACUCUAUGAUCUUUGCACAGUGACAAAAUUGCCUAAUGCUGCAUUUCUCAGAACGUAUCCCUGUUAAGUGUCGCAUGACUAUAUAUAUAUAUAAACAUAUAUGUAUAUUUGGUUAAAUCUUCCUCUGUAGAUAGAUUUGAAGGAUUAGCAGUGGAAUUUGAUUCUUUCACGCCUGAAUUGGCUGAGACUAUGAGCAACGACAGUUUGAGGACUGUCCAGUGACCUAUGUAAAUGAGUCUUGCUUGUGUCAGGGGACACAUGGAACCGUUCAACACGGUAUCCUUCACAGACAGGCUUAGGGAUGCUGGGUUUGAAACUGAAUCUCUUUUGUUUCCUUAGUGUCGGAAUUUAGGCUGGAAGUGCUCUCUAAAGCACUUGGUGAGUCAUAUACUAAGGAUGUUAGAGCUGCUUUAGAAAUAGAGAAAUGUUUUGUCCAUAUAGGCAGAAAUUUAAUGCAGGCUUUGAACAGAUGUUUAAAAAAUAUUCCAACUUACCACCUAUUUUUUCUUUUUUUUUAACCAGCCAGGUUAGGAGUUUCUUACAUAAUAAAGAGUGUUUUGUUGUUGCUUUUGUUUUUGGCGGUGGAUUCCUAACAUUGUGAACUGUUACUGUCAGUCUAGCUGAAUGGACACAUAGCUGUGUAAAUAGCCUCUCAUUUGACAUUUCUACUGAUAGCUGUUUGACUUUUUCUUCCCAUUAUGAAUGGGAGAAUCAUUUGUAAACUCCCAUUCUGGGUCGCUACCAAAAAACAUACUGGCUUAUGGUCCUAUGGGACCCUGUCUCCGUUAAGCCCAGAAUAUGAGUGCCUUUAGCAAGUUUUCGCAUUUCGCAGAGAGAAGAGUCGAUAGAAUUAUUGCCAUUAUUCACAAUUCAUAAAACAGGAGCUUGGAAUAGCAAAGGUUGGCGUGGAUUCUGUGUUCUACAUCUUUUUUUUUUCCUUAAUGCAAUCUCAAUUUGAUAUUGAAUAAAACUACCAUUAUUGAUCAGGAACUGUACACCCUGAAAAUGAAUCCAGUUGUCCCAGGUUGGGCAACAGUCAUAGAUUAUUUUUCACCUUGAUCUGUGUUACAUUUAUAUUUAGUGAAUGAUAGAGAGGGGGGUUGGGGAGGAGCUUGCUGCCGAUUUUUGGGAAAACAUUAUUCCAGUGGUCUUUUUCAAACUUGUCUAUUCUAUAGAGAGGAGAAAAUUAUGUAUUUGCAAAUGAAGUAUGUGAAGAGAUUGCUUUUCACAAUAUUUAUUGUGUUAGUUCAUCUCUAUGUUAAAAAAAGGCAUCUUCACAAAUCAGAUUUGAGGCCUUUUAAAGCAAAAUUUUCCCUACUUCAAUUAAUUUAAAAUUCUAAAUUGAGUACUUUGAGUUUUUAAAACACAUUUGUAAAUUAAUUUUGUUGUAGAAAUAUUAACAUUUUCCUCAACACUUUAUUGUGAAAAGUUUCAAACAUACAUCAGAGUUGAAAAAAUUUUUACAAUAUACCCACCACUAGAUUCUACCAUGAACAUUUUACUAUAUACUUGUAUUAUCGUAUAUCCGUCCAUUUCUCUAUUCAUCCAUCAAUCUAUGGAGUUUUUUUUAAUUUAUAUAUUUUGAUGUAAAUUUCAGACAAUACAUUUCCUUUAAACACUUCAGCAUAAAUGUCAUUAACUUUAAUAUUUUGUUUAAAUAUUAUCUUUUAAAAAGCAGUGUAUGAAGUUGAUAACCUGAGCCAAUUAAGAUACAGUUUUUUCUCCUGUGGACUUAAGCCUUCCAGUUUCUGUUUUUGUAUGUGCUUAGAGGGAGGGAAGACAGCUUUUCAAACCGAAGUUUUCUGGUGUUGGUCAUUUGAAAAGCUUAGUUGUCAUACAUUUUAAAGUUUCAUGAUAAGAAUUUUUUCUUUACCCCUCUUCUUAUGACGUAUUAUGAACUAUGCAGCUUCUUUAAGAAACUGUAAAUUACUGAUUGGGGUUUAUUAAAUCAGCUUAUACCUCAUUUCAACCUAUUGCUGCUUUUCUCCAUGUUAUCACGUCUCCUUUCGUGAUUGUCACCUGUUCUGCCAGAAAGUAGAGAGGAGUAGAGUCAAACCCGUAGAUGGUUAGCUGUUUUAAACAACUCUAGAAAACAGAUUAAAUGGUUUAGAAAGUUGAAACCAUUAAUUUAUCCAAAGCCUUUGAAUUCCCUGAGAAUUGUAAUUGCCCAUGCUUCCUCUAGCCAUAAUUAGCAAGAUUAAAAACGAUUGUACUGUACAAUGAGUUGUUGAAAUUGUGAGCCUUAGUAACCAUCUUUAGCUUUAUUCUAGUACUGUUUAGAAAAAUUUUUUGACAUAUGCCUUUAUUUUUGUGUCAAUUUUUUGUGGACAAAAUCUGAACAAUUUAAGCAACUUGCUCCAGGUCAUGAAGAUUGAAUGGAUAAGUCAGAAUUGAAACGUCAGUAUUCCUGAUUCAUAUUUUUGUGCUUGUUUGUUCAUAUUCACGGCUUCCAAAAUAGCUGAACACUUCCUUUGGGGCCCUUAAAAUGAAAAUAUGUAUUUUUACUAAUUAGACUUUCAUUUUUAGGCAUCUCAUGAUUCUUUGAACUUAAGGAUGUUUUCAUGGUCACAUUCCUCAAUAAGCCAAUGCAAUUGCUCAAUAUUUCACUUCACUGUUGAAUACUAAUAAUGCAGUUUUCGUCAAAUUUCUUUUUACAUUUAAAUGACCAUGAUUCACACAAUGCUCUUUCUAUGUAAGUGCUUAAGUGACCCCCUCACUAGUGACAACAGAUGUUCUCUAUCACUGAUUACAUGUAUAUUCUUUACAUGAUAUAUUUUUUUAAGGAAAAGUAACCCCAUGUGUCAGGAUGAAUGAUAUUAUCCUUGUGCAAAGCACAUAUAAAGUUUAUUUCUACUCUGCAAAUCUGGCAUUUCCAGGAACAAAACUCUUUUAGAGUGGCUAGUUGUCGUUUCUCCUUCUUUUGCUACUUGAGCACCUUUCUGUGGUUUUGUAAAUCAGUGUGUCAUUUUGUAAGAAUGUCAUGUUGAUUCUCUGUUCCUUGGUGUUCACCUUGUGGUAUCCUCGGCUGAUCAUCAUCUGUUUAGUUUGGGUAUGGUGUGUCUGCUUUGAAAUGCCUUACUAGAGAUGUCCAACUCUGCUCUAAUGCAUUCCCUGUAUUUGCUAGGACAAUAAGUUGCCUCUCUUGGAUGUAUGCUCUAGAUCCAGAAGCAAACUGAUUUUGCCUCCACUGUUCAGGUUGCAUCUUAGUGCAGUUAUUGUUUUAAAUUAGAGAAUAAAAUCAUGAAAAACCAAGGGUGACUUUAGAACCCUUCAUUUAAUGGCAUGGCACACUUUUAAAACCGCUUCUGCUAUUUCACUAGAACAAUAUCUCUGGUAAAGGAUAUAGCUUAUAAAUGCCAGCCCAAACUGUAUGAAACUGGGAUUGCUUCCUAAAAUUUUCUGUAACUGUCGUACAGGGGCUUAACAUCUGUGUAUGCUGUUGGGGCCAAGUGCCAGUCACUGCUUUGGAAAUCUGUGUUCUGGGGCUCCAGAAAUGACAAAAGUGUCGUGGGAUUAAAACCAAUCAACUGUGAAUUGUGAAAUUGAAAUUGCUCUUUUGGUUUUAUUUUCUUCAGCAUAUUGAAUAUAGAAAUCUGAAAGUUAUUUAAAAUUUACACUGCUUAUGUUGAUGGCUCAUUUUGGCUGUGUAUCCUCACUUAUGUAAUGAUUUCUGAUAAAGGCUUGACGUUAUUAUAACAGGCAUUUUGUGUUCAAUUUAAUAAAACAGUUUCUGAGUCUUGUCUGCAAA